CUUUUUCCCCUCUGCACAGAACAGAGUAAACACAGCCUCUCGUCUCCUAUUUCAUUGCCGCUGACUUUCUCGGAGCGCUGAGACUGCGCAGUGCAAAGCGGAGCGUAAAAAGCGCAGAGCGAGCUGACUGGGCCCAGCGCAGACGCGGCAUGUGGGGGUAAGGCUGAGCACUGCCACGGAGCGAAACGCAGCGAUCGCCUCUGCUACUCUCAUCGCAUCCCAGGAUGGACACCUUAGUCUCCUUCGUUUCCAGGCACUUUCUCUUGAAGGCGUUUUUCCUGCAGUUUAUUGUUCUACAUCUAAGCUCAGCUGCACCAUCGCCGAUAAUAAAGUUUCCCGGUGAUGACACCGUCCCAAAGUCAGACAAAGAAGUCGCGCUGCAUUAUCUCAACAAGUUCUAUGGAUGUCCACAAGACAGGUGCAACCUUAUGGUGCUCAAAGACACGCUGAAGCAAAUGCAGAAAUUCUUCUCGCUGCCAGAAACUGGAGAGAUUGAUAAGAAAACUCUGGAGAUCAUGAAAAAGCCCCGCUGUGGCGUACCUGAUGUGGCCAAUUACAAUUUCUUUCCCUCAAAGCCCAAGUGGGGAAAGAACGAACUAACAUACAGGAUACUAGGGCACACCCCCGAUCUGGACGAGGAGGUCGUAGAUGAUGCAUUUUUCCGGGCCUUCAAAGUCUGGAGUGACUUCACGCCCCUUAAGUUCACCCGCAUCAUGGACGGAGAGGCCGACAUCAUGGUCAAUUUCGGACGCAAUGAGCACGGUGAUGGGUACCCCUUUGAUGGGAAGGAUGGUCUCCUGGCACACGCCUUUGCUCCAGGCCAGGGCAUCGGAGGUGACUCCCAUUUCGACGACGACGAGCAGUGGACGCUUGGAGAGGGACAGGUGGUGAAGGUUAAGUUCGGGAACGCGGAGGGCGAGUUCUGUAAGUUCCCGUUCCUCUUCAUGGGUAAGGAGUACACAAGCUGUACCUCGCAGGGGCGUGACGAUGGAUUCCUCUGGUGCUCCACAACCUACGACUUCGAGAAAGAUGGGAAGUACGGCUUCUGUCCACAUGAACUGCUCUUCACCCUGGGUGGCAACGGCGAUGGGGCCCCCUGCAAGUUCCCCUUCACCUUCCAGGGGGAGAAGUAUGACAGCUGCACCACCGUGGGUCGCGAUGAUGGCUACCGGUGGUGCGGCACCACUGAGGACUACGACCGCGACAAGAGCUACGGCUUCUGCCCUGAGACCGCCCUGUCGACGAUGGGGGGAAAUGCAGAAGGUGCCCCCUGUGUCUUCCCCUUCACCUUCUUGGGCAACAGCUAUGAUGCGUGCACCACGUCUGGCCGUAACGAUGGGAAGACGUGGUGCGCGACUUCCAAGAGUUACGACGAGGACCGCAAAUGGGGCUUCUGCCCUGACCAGGGGUACAGCCUCUUCCUGGUGGCGGCCCAUGAGUUUGGCCAUGCCCUCGGCUUGGAGCACUCCCAGGACCCCGGUGCCUUGAUGGCUCCCAUCUACACCUACACGAAGAACUUCAGACUGUCCAACGACGACAUCCGGGGCAUCCAGGACCUAUAUGGAGCACCAACCGGCAAACCUCUGCCGCCCACUCAGGGCCCUGUCACACCCAUGAAUCUUUGCGACGAGGACAUCGUGUUUGACGCAGUGGCUCAGAUCAGAGGAGAGACGUUCUUCUUUAAGGACAGAUUCAUAUUCCGGUCGUCCAACUUCAAGGCCAAGCCAAGCGGUCCGAUGCUGACGGCCACCUUCUGGGGCGAGCUGCCGGAUAAGAUCGACGCCGCAUACGAGAACCCGCUGGAGGAAAAGUCUGUGUUUUUCUCAGGGAACAAAGUUUGGAUCUACACCGCCAGCACCCUGGAACCAGGGUACCCCAAGGGACUGUCAUCGCUGGGCUUGCCUGACACCCUGCAGCGUGUCGAUGCAGCCUUUUCCUUCGGGAAGAGCAAGAAGACCUACAUAUUUUCUGAGGACAAGUUCUGGAGGUAUAACGAAGCGAAGAAUAAGAUGGACCCAGGGUUCCCCAAGCUUAUCGCGGACGCCUGGAACGGCAUCCCGGACAACUUGGACGCCGUUUUCAGUCUGAAUGGAAAUGGGUACAGUUACUUCUUCAAAGACUCCUACUAUCUGAGGCUGGACGACUCCACCCUGAAGAUCGUUAAGGUCGGGGACGUAAAAGCAGACUGGCUUGGUUGCUGAGCGACAGCAUGGGCCCUGGCUCUGGCCCCCCCUGCCCCCUUGUGGCCCUCCCCUAGGGGCCCAGCCCCUCCCCAGCAUAUCUGAGGUCACCACAAAUGGCUGAACCAGAGCACCAGCAACACUUGCACACACAUCCUGGACUAAUCUCGCCACAGUCGAGCUUUGUCUAACCCUUGCUUAUCCAAGGGCCUGGUUUAGACCUUAAACUCAAUUCCGGCCUGUGGAGUAAACAGCAUAAAUGGAAAAACUGUCCCUUUUUAAUAACAAAUUUUCAUCUGUAAUCUUAAAAAGAUACACUUAAGGUGUAAAGAAGGUCUAGGCAAAAACUGAUUAAAAAAAAACUUAUAAAGAAUAAUAAGAAGAAGAAAUUCCGUAGAAUUUCUGCUCUUUUCUGUUGUGGUUGUUCGUUAUUGGACAGCAGGUGACUCCUGACUGCACAGGGGCUCAACUUCCUUGGCCGGGUUUUGCUGUAAAAUAGUCCUUUAUCUGUCAGAUUCACUGGGAUGGAUUUCAUCCCAGCAUUCUUGUACUUUUUUUUUAUAAAUCUGUCCAGAAGAAAAGUUUGGACCAUAUAACUGUCGAAACAGCUCUUUUGUAUCGGUCUCUCGUUUCACUAACAAUACAGAAGGUGUCAUGGCACUGGUUGCCUGAUGGUUGUGUGUAGUGUGCUGCAUGGUGGGAACAUAUCAUGAAAGUAUUGUUGAAUAAUCUUUGUAUUGUUUCAUUAUUGUUUGGUUGUUUUUUGUGUAUUUGAAAAUAACUAGGUCUUGCUCUGUGCACUUUGACAAUAUACUUUGUUUGAAAAAAAAGGAAUAAAAACAAAAUCAAACCA